AUGGACCGCCCCUCCCCCGCUCCCACUCCCGCUCCAGAAAAGAAAGAGAACCAGCAACAACAACAACAACCCCACCGCCCCCGCCAACCCCCCUCCCACGACUACGACUACCCCUCCCUCGACCACUACGCGCACACGCACCUCAACGCCACCAGCCUCCCCGCGGGGCUCGCCAGCGCUCUCGCGCACGCCACGCGCGCGCGCCGCGCGCGCGCCCUGCCCGACUGGAGCGCCGUGCCCUCGCAAGGCAAGUUCCUGCACGUGCAGUGCCGGCUGCUGGGCGUGCGGCGCGUGCUCGAGGUCGGCACCUUCGCGGGCCACGGCGCGCUGUGGUGCGCCGCGGCCCACCCGGCGCUGCGCGUGACGACGGUCGAGGCGCGCGCGGAGCACGCGGCCGUCGCGCGGGAGAGUCUGGAUGCUGCUUGUGCUUCUGCUUCCGCUGACGGUGCUGACGGUGCUGCGGGAGACGCCGGUGCCGGCCCGGGCUUGGGCCUGGGAGAUCGGGUGGAGCUGAUCUGCGGCGAUGCGGUGCGCGACGUGUUGCCGCGGCUGGCGGACGAGGUGGCGGCCGGGGCGCGGGAGAGGUACGGCAUGGUUGUCGUCGAUGUCGAGGACCGGCGCCAGGCGUGGGACUGUCUGGAGCGGUGCGUGGCCGGGGGCUUGUGCGCCGAGCGGGCGUGCGUGGUGGCGCAUUUGCAGGUGCGCAAGAGCGAUUUGAGCGUCGAGGCGGCGGACGAGAAGGGGGCCAAUGCCAGGGGGAGCCGCGAGUUCGUCGAGAAGAUGGGGAGGGAUCCGCGCAUGAGCGGCGUGCUGAUUAUGAGUAUGGGUGAACAGAAUUACGAUACGGUCAUGGCGGUUGUGCAGGGUGGUGAUGGCGUUGGAGCAUCGUCUCUUGCGUGA